AUGGCUUUCUUCGGAAUAACUUCUCUUGGACCCCCCAACGUAUUCUAAACCAGCUUAGUCAAUGCUCUAGGCAUCAACACUUUCUCUGAGGAGGAAUUUUAGAGAAGCUUUGAAAAGGUAGACAGAGAUCAUAGCGGUUAUAUCACAGCAAAUGAAGUUGAAGAAUUGCUAUUCGAAACAUACGGCUUCCCACCUCUAGAGGAAGAAGUCAAGAUGUUUAUGGAGGAGUUCGACACAAACUAAGACGGAAAAGUUUCAUGGGAAGAAUUCUCGGCAGCAAUGGGAAGACUGAGGGACAAAGUCAAUAAUAAGGCAGCAGGUGCAAAGGAAUACACUAGUUUCACCAAGAUGAAGGAGGAUAGAUUCAAGCACAAGAGAAUGGGAAAUGAGCUGCAAGACAAGUACAAGAUCCCUAUGACCUUCAACCAGAGUGUUGGCUUCAGACACAACGACGAGAUCUCAAUGGACAUCACAAAGCAACCAAUGAAACCCAUUAGAAAGUGUUAGGAGACUAAGUAUGCUGAAGCUAUGAUUAAAACUGGCAUUCAUUUCACAUGA